UGAAAAAAUAUGAGAAAAAAGUCAGCAUUAAUGAAAAUUUAGUGGAGCAAGAGCUAAAAAAAAUGUGGAAUGAUAAAUUAGCCGCAAAACUUACUAUUGACCAGCAAAAAGUCCAAAAUUACCUGCUGGGGCAAGUAAAAAAAAAGUUCCCUGACUAUCCGGUAAAAGAAGUUAUUUUGCUUAUCACUAAUUUUCUGGAAAAGGAACUUACAGCACAGCAAAAAAACAAGGGCUAA